AUGAACCAAGCUUGUUGAUCAUGUAUGAAACAUACAUUCCUGUAUACACUCCGGUGGAAGCAACAUCCUUAGAUCAUUUUUGUCCAGCAAAUCUGUAGUCAAGGCCAAGAUGUGGUUGGUUAAUACUUUCCUCCUAAUGGGAAUAACACAGAUACAUGCAGACUAUCCUGCAUUGCAAGCUGUUCUGUCACAGAAGGGAUUACAAAAAGUAUCUCACUGGAUGACCGACUGGCUUCAGAAGGAACUGAGUACAAUUAAGCUCCCAGAGGUCAGAGGGAGUGUCGAUAUUGUUUUAGGCUCAGUUUACUAUGUCCUGCAUGACAUGACCGUCGUGCGCUGCGAUUUGCCAGAACCCUCUGUAGCUUUUUUAGAGGGAACAGGUGUAUCUCUGCAAGUGAGCGGACUCUCUCUCGCCAUCAGUGGUCGCUGGAACACCGAGUUUGGCAUCAUUCAUGAUAGCGGUUGGUUUGAUCUGGCUGUAUACACCAUCAAUCUCAAAACAUUAUUGGAGUUUCAGAGCACUGAAGAGCACCUUUCCAUUUCCACUGUCAUCUGUUCUGCCGAUGUGGGGGGUGUUCAAGUACAUUUCCAUGGUGGUGCAAGUUUCUUCUUUCAACCAUUUGUUGAAGGGUUCAGUGGACGCAUUACAGAGAUGAUCCGAGAAAGGAUAUGUCCAGGAAUUCAGAGCGGAAUUGAAAAUAUCAACGAAGUUCUGGCUGCAUCUGAAACCGUAAAGAUGGAUCCUUAUGUAUAUCUGAAUAUUUCUCUGACUGACUCACCUGUUGUGUUUGAAAAUGGAUUUGAAUUAAAUGUAAAGGGUGAAUUUUACAGUAGCAGCUCUCCUUCUGAGCCACCAUUUUCUCCCAACCAUUUUGAGCUGCCGUGGAAAGCAGAUUACAUGCUCUCAGUGGGCAUGUCUGACUUCUGUGUAAACUCAGCAGCAUUUGCCUAUCUUAAAUCUGGAGUGUUGAACAUCACCAUCGAAGAUGACAUGAUCCCCAAGGCCUCUCCCAUCCACCUGAACACAAGUCAGUUUGGAAUCCUGAUUCCACAGCUCCCCAAAUUGUAUCCAGACAUGGAGAUGGAAGUUUUGCUGUAUGCCAGUGAUACCCCCCUCAUUUCCUUUAAUCAAACAAUGAUCAAUGUUGACUUGUCUGCUGCAGCCAAAUUCUAUGCUAUCAAGACAUCGAAUGAUUUAAUCCCCCUUUUCAGACUGGAUAUGCAAUAUUCUUUUAUUGCUAAAGUCCAAAUUGACAAUCAGCUGCUGAAGGGUGUUUUGAAAAUGAAAAAUUUGACCAUAUUGCUUGGAUCUACAGAGAUUGAAAAAUUUGACGUUGCACCAAUUGAGCGUAUGGUGAAGUUAGCAAUGAGCAGCUUUGUACUUCCAAAGAUGAAUGCCCGACUGCAGGAAGGCCUUCCAUUGCCGAGGGUGAAGGGUUUCAACCUGAGUAAUUCGGUGAUGACCAUUGAAAAUGGAUUUUUGUUUGUUGCAACAGACAUCAUUAGUCCCUUUGACUUCCUGCAAUCAGAUAAACUCUGACCUCUGGACAUAAUGAUAAACAAGGCUUAUCCGGUAUCGCUAUCAUGAGGAGAAACAUUCGUGAGUUUGCCACUGAUGUUGAGGACAGAUUUCAUUUCAGUUUUUUUAAAUAAUUUGUGAAAUAAGAACACACUGUCAAGUAAUCAUUUACAAAUAAGUUUGGAGUAUUGUAGCGUUGAUUCUAGAACAGGUACUAUUUGAUUGUAUGUGGACUGUUCAAUCACAAAGCUAGCCAUAAAUUGUUCUUUUAAUUUCCAAUUCAUUGUUCUUUCCAUUAUUCAUUUUUAUAUGGUAUGCUUUGUAAGGUGGACCAAAGAUCCUUGAUUAUUGCCUAUGACUAUUUUUCACUUGCUUCAACUCAACUAUCCACAGAAAUAAAAUGCAUGAAUAACAUUAAAAAGGAA